AUGCCGCCAUCGACAAGAGCUGGACAGAUGGGAAGGGGCGAUGAUGAUCAAACGACCACAAGCAAUGGACAGGAGGAAGGAUGGCUCAUGCAGGUAGUCAGGAUCCUCCAGCUGGCGAACCCGGCACUAUCGGCAGAGGAAGCAAUCGUACGAGCUAUGGGUCUCAUCAGCAUUAGCAACCAGACCCCGCGCAGGGAAACCGAGAAGAUCCCCAAGGAGGUGUCGAGCGCCAUUGCGCACAUCAAGAAGCUCAGCGACAGCAACUGGCACACUUGGGAACCUACCUUCAUCGACUGCCUCCAAAGAGUACAUAAUGCGAAGGAGAUACUGUAUGGCACGGUAGCGCCUGGAAACGAGGAAUACGACGAAGACUUGGAUAAAGCCCUCGUGGGCCUCAUCCACGCCUGCUGUGACAACAGUCCAGACAGCCGUAUCGACACCUACACCGUCAGGGGAGUGGAUGAAGAAGUCCAACUCGGUAACACACUCUAUGCCAAACUCAAGAAGGCACUAACGUUGAACGACGCUGUAAAGCGAGCAGGACUGCAGGAUCGUAUUCACACAGUGCGCUUGCACAAUCGAGACGUUGUCAGGCUAGGCAAGGAACUCGAUUCGAUCUGGAACGAUGCGGCACGCCUGGGAAAGCGUUUCGACGAGGACCUCAAGAAAUCAACUCUCUAUUGCUGCACGGCCCAAGAUUGGUUCUAUGCCAACGCCGUCGAUGCACUGAAAACGGCCAGACCAGACUGUAAAUAUGACGAAGCCUACCACGCACUCGCCAAGAAACAGCAGGAUGGUGAGGUCACCGGCCGUAUUAGAGGAGCAGCAAGGGUUGCCACAAGCACGGACCAGGCGGAGCAAGGACCCAGAGGCAGGCGCGAUCCUCACAACCCCUUGGCCCCUCCAAAGUGCUACGCUUGUGGAGGACCUAAUCACAUUGCUCGAAACUGCACGAACACCAACAAUAACCCCGCACCUAUCGACAGGGGCGAGCAAUCAGCAUGCGACACCUGGAUCAUCGAUUCAGGUGCAACCCAUCAUAUGGUAAAUGAUGAGAGAAUGCUGCUCACCUCAACGAACAAGGUCGGCCAAAUCAGUACGGCAGGGGAUGAAAAGCUUCAGGUGAAGGCUAUAGGAGAUGCCUCCCUUCGGGUCGGUGAGGCCACCAUCCAACUAUUGGAUGUGCUUUAUCAGAACGAUGGUACCCAAGUACAAUACAAGAGGAACAGAAGAAAAGGGCGGUUCGAAGUACAGGGAAAGGCACUAGCCCUGGAGUUGGAAGAGACACUCGACGAUGUCCCAGAGGACAACCAGAACACAGGAAAACUAGAUAAUGCCCCAGAGGGCAAUAAGGACACGAAGCAUCAAGACAGCUACCUAUGGCAUGAGAGACAAAUCCGGGCUCAUUACCUAGGUACCGACGAGGAAAUGGAACAUGAGUCAAAGCACUGUAACGCGUGCAGCCAAGGAAAACAGACUCGAGCACGGAUGGGCCAAUCAGAGUCAGAAAGAAUGGAGGCACCAUUAGAGCUGGUACACAUAGACCUGAUGACAGAUUUCAAAGGACAUGCCAACUACCACUAUGCACUAGUUGCUGUGGACGACUUCUCCUCUCUGAUCUAUGUGGAACCACUCUGCACCAAGAGUGCCGCACUCAUGGCGCUGAGGAGGUGGGUAGCCAGGAUGGAAUGGGCAACGGACAGGAAACUCAAAACACUCCGCAGCAACAAUGGAGGAGAAUGGUGCAGCAUAGCAGCUGAAGACUGGCAAACUCAAGAGGGUUUCAAGUGGCAAAAGAGCAUCCUGGGGAUCAGCGUCCAAAAUGGAUGGGCAGAGAGAGCAAUCAGGUCGGUCCAAGAAAAGAUGCGCUCGAUGCUGAUUGGUCGAGCUUGCCCCAGAGAGUUGUGGCCGUAUGCAAUCACAGCAGCAGCACAUGUGAUGAACCUUACCCCGUCAGCCACCAAAACCAUUCCCCACAAGGCCUUUUAUGGAACCACCACGCACAAGCUGGCCCAGCAACUGCGAGUCUUCGGAUGCUUGGCAUGGGUUCAUGUUCAACAGAAGGACCAGCAAGGCAAGCACGGAGCUAGAGCAAAGCCAGCCAUCAUGAUUGGGUAUGACGACGAACACAAAGCAUGGAAGUUUUGCAACCCGGACCAGUCUGCAUCAAUUCAAUGGAGCAACUCAGCAACGUUCCAUGAGGACAAAGGAUGGAGUGAUCGCCAACAAGAGGCAGUCAGGCCCGUGGUGACCGUGGAGGUUGAGGAGGAGGGUGCCACGCCAGCCAUAGUAGAGGAGGAGACCAGAUUAGAGGCCGCAGUGGAGGAUCUCCUACCAGCCGUAGACAGCACAGUGGGUGCCGCCAACACAGCAAUACUGAACCUGGACCCAACGCUUGGGGAAGCAAUGAAUGGUGAGGACGCCCAGCUCUGGAAGGAGGCAAUACGAAAGGAGCUAGAAGGACUUGAGGCAAUGGGGACUUGGGAGGUGGUGCACCAACCACCAGGAGUACCACUUGUGGACUCUAAGGUUGUGCUUCGGCUGAAGCUUGACGCUGAUGGUGUACCUGUUAAGCACAAAGCGCGACUGGUUGCAAGGGGCUUCACACAGAGAGAGGGGAUCGACUACCAAGAAACCUUCUCUCCAGUAGCACCCCUCGGAGCGAUCAGAGCCAUCUUAGCACUAGCAGUGCAGAACAACUGGGAGGUACAUGCUCUGGACAUCACUAUGGCUUACUUGAACUCCACGUUAAAGGAAGCAAUCUACAUGAAGCUGCCAGAAGGAUCAGGAGUAGCACCCGGCAAGGUGUACAAGGUAGUCAAGGGCCUAUAUGGCCUAAAGCAGUCUGGGCGAGAAUGGAAUCAGGAGUUCGACAGGUCUUUGCGACGCAUGGGAUUCUUCCAGGUAGAGUGUGCUCCCUGCAUCUACACCAAGGGACAGGGUGAAGAUAUGGCCAUUGUGGUCAUCUACGUCGAUGAUACAUUAGUCAUAGCACCACGGCUGGAAACGGUCCUAAAGGUUAAGAAGCAGAUUGGUCAGAGAUGGAAGAUGGAAGAUAGUGGUGAGGUCUCUCACUUCUUAGGCAUCAAAAUCAGUCGAGACCGUGCGAUGCGCACCAUGACGAUUGGUCAGUCAGGGUACAUCGACCAAGUGCUGGCAAAGCACCUGGACAAACGCACGAAGCCGACCAUGGUUCCAAUGCAGAGCAUACCGGAGGGAACCCUUGUCACAAGCGCAGCACAACAGAAGGAGUAUCCGGUGAUUGUUGGCAAGCUGCUCUGGAUUGCCAACAGCACCCGGCCCGACCUUAGUCUCACCGUGGGUGUUCUCGCUAGGCACAUGCAUGAACCAUCGCAGGAGCAUUAUCAGGCAGCACAAAGGGUCUUACGCUACCUCGAAAGCACAAGGCAGGUUGGAUUGGUUUAUAGGGCAAGUGAGUCGCAAGAGCCACUGGUUGCACACAGCGAUGCAAACUGGGCAAGUGAUGCCACCAUACAGAGAAGAAGCACAUCAGGGUCAGUGGCGUUAGUGUAUGGGAACCCAGUAGCCUGGAAGUCAGCGACACAAAAAUGCAUGUCAUUGUCCGCUGUCGAGGCAGAGUUCAUUGCAGCCACGGAAGCAACACGUGAGGUGCUCUUCCUCAAGCAGCUGCUACGCUCAAUUGGCAUUGCCACAGGCACACCGACGGUCUACUCGGACAACACUGGUUGCAUACAGGUUAGUAAGGACCCAGCACAGCACUGGAAGCUUAAGCACAUCGACACCAAGUAUCACUUCAUCCGUAACAACAUACAAGAGGGAAGGGUGCAGAUCAGGUACAUAGACACCACAAGAAACUUGGCAGACGUACUCACGAAGCCCAUUGGGAGGCAGGCAAUGCAGCAAGCAAGAUCUGGGCUACACCUGCAAAUACCGGCAGCAGUGUACGGAACAGGGUCCCCGAGCUAUGCGACAGUGUUGAAGAACGGAGGUCACACUUUGAAGCAACAGCAUAAUGAACAGGGUACAUAUGCUGUUGAGGGGGGGAGUUGA